AAGCGGAGCCCCCCCUGUGGCGCGCCGUAUGCAAAUGUUAUUAUUUGCAUAUGUAAAUAUGCAAAUGUACAGGCCCCGGUCAGGGUAGCAGGUGGCCGGCAGCGGGAAGGUGUGGGAAAGGGAGCUGAAGGAGACGAGGAGUUUAGGGACCUGGGAGCAAAACAGUGAGAGGCAUCCUGAGGUGGCCGCUGGAGUGGGGCUGGCGGAGGGUCUUGAGCUCGAUGGCGGGUGGGGGAGGGUCAGCUUGGGCAGCCAGGAGAUCCUCUCCUCUUCCGCCGGUUGUCUGCCAGGCCUGAGGUUGGCACCGCCUAGCAAGGUUGGCAGCGGGAGCCCGGGCACCAUCUGCUGCUGGCGGGGGGGAGGGCAGAGGCUCAGCUGGGCUGGGGAAGAGGAGGGCCCGGGACGGGCGAGCCCCCCUUCCUUCCAGAAGGCUGAGGUGUGUUGGGGGUAGGGAAGCACAUAAGAAGACUUGUCUCAGAACCUGGUUAGGUUUCCUGUUCUCUUUGCCCUUGACUGUCCCAGACGUCUAGGGACAGCGACAGGGUCAUAAUGGAAGACUCAGGCAGCCCCCUUUGAAUCACACUUGGUCUGGAAUAGGAGCAGAUCACAGGCCCACCCCACCACCGCACACAAAUCAAAGCUUUUGCCCCCCUCUCUCCUCAGGAUCCGCCUUCUACCAAUGGAGCAGGGGUAGGGACGUAGGGCUCCACUCGCAACUCUUCAUCAAGCGGUCUGAGGGACUCUAAACCAGAGCCCCCCCAAGAUCCUCGAGAGGCCCCCCCCGACAAUGCUGAAGCAAAACCAAUUUACUGGCUCAUUGGGCGGUGAUGCUAGUGUGGGGGUACCGGGAAGCAGAGCGGUUGUUCUCUCCCCCUACACUCGGGGGGCACCCUCCUCCCCCGCCUUGCGGAGCCGGCAGCUGUCCCUAAUUAGAGCGGCGGUUUAAUUGGAUUUAUCAGCAGUUAAUAGGAAAUUAAGCAAAGGGCCCGAGAGAAGGAGGGCGGGAGGAGCGCAGAGGCUGGCUGUGCUGAGAUCGAAGGACGGGUACUGGGGUGCCAGGUGUGGGACACGAGGCCCAGUAAGAGAAUGAGCCCCUGGGUCACACGUUCCCCCCAAUACUUGCUGUCUGGUUGAGUCCUGGCCCACCAGCAGAGAGCAGGUCUCCAGAGAGGGAGGCAGGAGGGACAGCCACCCCGUGUGAGCCCCCAACGCCCCCUACUCCUGCCAGCAGCCGCCUGGGUGAUGGAUGAUGCUGCCUCAUGCUGCAAAGGUCAUAAGUCUGGGCCAAAGAGCUGACUGAAUUGAAAACAGUCUGAAGGAGGGGCCAGAUUACUAGGGUCCAGGAUGCAACCUGCAUCAUAUCCUUCCCCCAGUGCCUACUGGGCUCUUAGCAAAGAAAGUGCUCCUUCCUUAGAGUCAGAAGAUUGGGCAGCACCAGGGGUGAACCUGCCUUCUAGCUGUGUUGGGGAUUCUGGGAGUCUCCCUGUGCAACUGCCAAUAUCUACGGCUCUCCCACCUCUUCCCCAGCUACCCAGGUUGAGGCUGGCAGGGUCCGCUGUGGCCAGAGUGGCCCAAGGUACACACCACCAGCCCUGGGGGCCAAGGAAGGAAAUUUGUAGUAUCCACAGCCCCAGGCUUCUCCUAUCAUCAGGACCUCAUUAUAUGGCUAGAUUAACAAGGCCUGCUUCAGGAUCCCAGAGUUCUUUCUGCCACUCUUCUCCAGCAUAUGUGUGCAAUCCUCUGAAUGUGCAAGGGUAGGAGGGAGGUCUCUGCUGAUUAUGGGUGUCUAUGCCCUUUGUGUGUAGUGUGUGUGUGUGUCUGUGUCUAUGCCUGUGCCCUGAAUGUGUAAGGUGUAUCUGUCAGAAUCCCAAGUGCGGUGUGUGUGUUGGUGUAUGUCUGUGCCAGUAAGUAUGUAUGUAUCUUGUCCCCAUUCUGCCCCCACCCCCAACCUCUAAGAUUUUUGUUUUUCUGUCUUAGUCCCUGGGUGUCAGAUGUACAUAUGUGCUUUGAUGUGUUUACGUGUCUGUGCAUUCUUCACCCCUCUGUGUGCCCCGAGUGUGGGCAUUUCCGUGUGCCUCUUCCUGCAAGACUGUGUAUGUGUAAGAAUCAGGAAAAGCCUCUGGUGAGUGUGUGUUGCUCUGGCGUCUCUGCCUGCAGGUGUGUGUCUCGGUGACAGUGCGUGGGUGUGUGCCUGGGUGUGAGCCGCGCGGCGGCAUGUAUUUGAAUGACAGUGUGACGCACGCACGCUCGUGUGUGUGUGUGGUGUGUGUGUGGUGUGUGUGUAUACACGCGCUCUCACAAAUGCGCGCUCGCCAGGGUGAGUCUCCCGCCCCCACCCCUUCCUCUCCCCAUUUCUAUUCCUCUCUCCUCUCCGGGCGGGCUUGGCUCCGCCGUCCGCAUCAUCUCCAUCCAUUAUUGAAGAAACAGCCGCGUCCGCUCCAAUCACAUCAACACCCCCCCACCCCGCCCUCCUCCGUUCUCCUGGCCCUGCGGCCCCUCUGGGUGCUAGGAAGUAGGGAGGGGGGGCACAGCGCGGCGGGAGCGCCCAGCAGUAGCGGACUCAUGACCCUGUGCCCCGAACCGGGCCAGGCGCGGGGACGCCGGGGUCCCAAGCGGAGAGCGCUUUGCAUAAACAGAUGGCGCGGGCGUCUUUGUCUCGCUGGUUCGCUCGCUGCGCGGCUCUCAGCUCCAAAACUGUCUGGCUGAUGCAAUCUUGAUCAUCUCGGAGCCUCGGGACCCGGCGCCCUUAAUAGCUGCAGAGGGGGUCAGGGGCCCUGGGGCUCCCGAGCAGAUUCUGGGCACUGUGUCUUCCCUCCCGGGUGCCCCCUCCGCGCCCCACUGCUGCAGGGGGAAGACAGAGGCCGCGCCAAGGUGAUGGGCAUGUGGAGGUGACGGGGAGGGGACUCUAGGCUGUGCCCUGAGAUGUCCCCAAGGCUGUCCUGUUGGACUGCUGCAGACCCCCAGGGACAGUAAGCCAGAGAAUUGGAAUAGAACCAGGGAAUGGGAGGGGGGAGCCAGAGAUAAAGACAGUGACAGAGGCGUUUGUAAAGAGAGACUCAGCGAGGUAGAGAGAGGUAGAGGUAAGGAGAGACAAAUGCAAGGAGGCACAGAGAAACAUACUUAGGGAGACAAAGCCAGAUAAAGAGAGCUGCAGAGGGAGAGACAGACAAAAUGAGAAAGAACAGAGAGACACAGAGAUAAAGACACAAAGAUACAGUGAUAAACAGGGCCUGAAGAAGAGGCAGUAAAAAAGGCAGUCAGAGGCAGGGGCAGGCAGAGUCAGAGGGCAGAGAGCAGUCUCAGAGCGGAGACCGAGCCCCACUGCGUCUGGGGCCUCACAGCCGGAGACAGGAACCCGCUUGAACCUGGGAUGCUCAUAGCUGGAGAAGUGGGAGCUUCCGCGUCCCCUCUCCUUCCCUCCACUCUGCCCCACCUCACUUCAGUAGAGUGGAGGCUUUGGAACCCACUGCCUUGGCGAGGGGAGUGGCUGGAGCGGCAGGCGGGCGGGUCCCGCGCUCCUGGAGCUAACUUACCUUUGCAAAAGCCGCAGGGCGCGGGGCCGGCGCUUCCCGAUAGGGGGCGCUGGAGGCAUCGCCCCUAAGUGCUUGAGAGUAGCUCUGCCCCCAGGGGGCGCCCGCGGCCCCCCGCCGCCCAGCGGCCCCGCGGCAAGCUCCUCUGCUCGAGUCCAGCUGCUUUUGACGUUCAGCUCUCAGACUGAGGAUUAGUGCCCUAUGCUGUUUCGGUUCAGAGUACGAUUCCCAGCGGGACCCCCAGCCCGCCCCAGGCCACGCCUAAUCCGCAGCUAAUGACUUCUGCCGGCUUGAUCAGCGUGGCCUGAGUCCUUCUCAUGGGAAAGUGUAGGGAGGUGGGAAGAAAUGGAAUCUGGAACCCAAGGAGUUCUGUGCCCCAGAGACCACUAUCCAGAGAUGGGAGGGCGUUUAGAAAUAGGGUCACAGUCAAGGGGGUCAGAGACAUGUUCCAGAAGCAAGUGAGGGGGUCAGGGAGCCCUGGAGAGGCAAGAGCAGAAGCAAUAAUGUAUAAGAAAGUAGAAAAGCAGGGGUGGAGGCCCAAGGCAGGCUCUAGAAAAGAAGUGGGGCGGAGGGGUCUGGAAUGCCCUAGGCCCAGGUCCCUGGAACUCACAGGAAAGGGCACCAGAAGGAUAGCAAGAGCCCAAGAAGCAAAAGGGCCAGACUUCCCGUUGGCAUCCUGACACCCCAGCUGUGCCUCAAGAGCCAGCUUGCAGCCCAGCUGUGCAGCCCCUCAAGACUGAUUUUUAGUCCCAGAGACUGGAGGGCUAGGGGACAUAAGUGACAGGACACCCCAGUCCCUGACCCGGCCCUGAGGUGCAGUUGCUCAGGGAGGGCCGGGCUCUGCUUGGCUCCAGGUUCUGACAUCCCAUCAGUCCCCGUCCCCCGCCCCCUAUACACGUAAGCACUGAGUCUCUGUCUCUUUGUUCUCACUGUGUCUCUGACACUUUAUCUCAUUAUCCGCCGGAGGGAGGCGGAGAGCUCGGAGAGCUCAGGACCCCGCAGCCUAAUUACAGCCAUGCUUGUCAGCUCAGGAGGCGGGGAGGUAUCAGAGAAAAGGAAAGGAAGAGGGCCCCCAGGAAGGGACCCCUCCUUCCCUGUACUCUGAGGGCCCAGCAAUGGGUGCACCGCUUGCCCCUGCCUGGGGCUCUGUUUGAGAAGUGGGAGACUCUGCUCUAUAGGAUGGGCUGCCAGGGCAGUGGCAGGGUGUGUGUGUGUGUGUGUGUGAGAGAGAGUGAGUGUGAAGGUGGAGGUGGAGGUUAGUGAGAGGUGGUUAGGGCACAGCUGCUGGAUCCCUAGGGCCCCAGGUCCCCAAAGAUGGUGGCAGUGUACUUUCUUACGCUGACAACCUAGCAUACACCCAAGUUGUCCAGCAAAGGGAGGCAGUCACUCUGUGUCUUGUUCUCUUUCCUCUUUCAACAUCUUCUCUAUCUUUUCCUAUUUCCUUCACUCCAUUCUCUUUCUCUCCAUCUCAGCCACAGGCAUCAAGUGACCUCCUUGGAUGGCUACCCGAGGUAGGCAGAAAGUCUCUCAAGUCCCCAAACUUGGCCAACUGACUUAUUCUUUCCUGAGCCAGGUUUAGAAUAAUGCCCAGUUCUCCUGGCCGCCAAACACUUUUAAAAGCUAACAACAACACAACUGGGAGAAAUCAUCCAGGACUAGAGAGGCUGAGCAGCUUUAGUGCUGUUGGCACCUCUGUUCCCCUCCUUUCCCUAGUAUACGGUUGAGGGAGACAGAACCAGGGCCCCUAAGACUUGCUUCCUGGGAGGCUCAAAGGAUGUCAGGGAAGCAUUACAGAUGCCGUCACUCAUCCCUGGCCCCUUCUGGUCCGACCUGUGAACAUGCCACACCCACACCUGCACUUUGUUGGAGGUCUGUCUGCAGAUUGUCCCAUGGUCCAAAGCCCAAAGGAUAAUGGUGUCCCAUGGGCCAGGGUUCAACCCCCUGGAGUGGAGAGUGGAUGAGCAGAAAUCCCUCAGCUCCCAAAUAAUUCUCCUCCUGGAGAAGCCUGGAACUGCGGUAGAGGUGGGGGGCGUGGUAAGUAUGAUGAAGCUGCUGGGUUGGGCAAAGCUGGGCUGGGCUGACCCCUCCCCAGAGUAGGGCGGGACCCCGGAGGAAAAAGGGAGCAGGGCCUCUGGAGAGCUGGAGAGGACCAGACACUGGAGAGGAGAAAUGGCAGGAACGACCCUUGGAGCCCGCUUCUAUCGGCAGAUCAAGAGACAUCCCGGGCUCAUCCCGAUGAUUGGCUUCAUUGGCCUGGGCAUGGGCAGCGCUGCGCUCUACUUGCUGCGACUCGCCCUACGCAGCCCCGACGUCUGCUGGGACAGAAAGAACAACCCAGAGCCCUGGAACCGCCUGAGCCCCAACGACCAAUACAAGUUCCUUGCAGUUUCCACUGACUAUAAGAAGCUGAAGAAGGACCGGCCAGACUUCUAAGCCUGGCUGCAGUGCAAGUCGAUGUAAACCACCACCAGCCAGUCUACUCAUUUCUUCCACUCCCCACUCCCAACCCCAGAGCGCCACUCCAGCCACCCUGUCCAACCUCUGCUUACACAGGCCGGGUUCCCACGAGGAGGGGAGUAGCUCCACCCCCCUCCUCUUCCCCUGUUCCCAGCACCGGAAGGGCCUCUGACCCUCAGCUGAGUCUCAGGAGGGGGAGGGGGAGUUCGGAGGGCAGGCAGCAGCCUAGUCGACCCAAAAGUCCCAUGCCAGCCAGUCCCCGCUACCCGGGCCUCACAGGGUGUGGUACAUGCUACGUGUUGAGCGUGGCCUACGUGAGAGCCGCGAGCAAGUGGGGGCCUGAGUGCCAAAUGACGUGGCAGGCCCCACAUUAGCCCAGGCUCUGGGUGCCAGCCCAGGGGCGGUGCUGCCCUGGCUUGCUGGUUGUUGACAGCCCCGCCAGCUUGGGAUGAGACACCCAGGAAGGUACGGCUCCCUCCUCCCAGUGCCCCAGCCCACUGCCUCCCAUGCCAGUGUCCCCCCACCAGCCCCCGCUCCCGCCACACACCUGGGCUUCUCUCUGCCUUCCCCACCCCUCCCCUGCUCCCCUCUGUCCCCCGGGAUCAAACAGAAGCAGCCGUGGGCAAAAUACAAUUUCAUUUAACAAAUUGAA